UUUUAGCAACUGUGCUGUUAGAACCAUUAUUUUUCUUCUUUAUUUCACAAGCGCCUGAAAAAAUCGCGUGCCAAUUAACGCGUGUUUUUUAAUAAAUUUCUCCAUUUAAAUUGAAGAUAAAUACGGAAAAUUUUCAUAAAACACAGAAAUUUAUUAAAUUUUUAAGAAAACAGAGCUAAAAAGACACAUUAAACAUGUCAAAAAGACGCAUUGAAGUUGGAGAAACCUACACAAACAAGGUGAAAAAAGAAGAAACAGCUACCUCUUCGUCGGGAGCAGCAGCUUGUUUAGCGGCUAGUGGCACACCAGGCAGUUUAGUGGGUUCUCUGGCGAAGCCACCCGGCACCAUGAAUCCCUUUAAUUUGAAGCCCUAUUCGGCACGUUUUCAACAAUUGUACAAGAAACGUAUAACAUUGCCGGUAUUCGAAUAUCAAACAGAUUUCAUGCGCCUGUUAAAUAAUCAUCAGUGUAUAGUGUUGGUGGGUGAGACAGGUUCUGGUAAGACUACACAAAUACCCCAGUGGUGUGUGGAAUAUGCUGUGUCCAAGGGUAAGAAGGGGGUAUCCUGUACCCAACCUCGUCGUGUGGCUGCUAUGUCCGUGGCCCAACGUGUUUCCGAGGAAAUGGAUGUUAAUUUGGGUGAAGAAGUAGGUUACUCCAUACGUUUUGAGGAUUGCUCCUCACCCAAGACUUUGCUGAAAUACAUGACAGACGGUAUGUUGUUGCGUGAGGCCAUGUCGGAUCCCAUGUUGGAACAAUAUCAGGUGAUCUUAUUGGAUGAGGCUCACGAAAGGACUUUGGCUACUGAUAUCUUAAUGGGUGUUUUAAAGGAGGUUAUUAGACAAAGAAAUGACUUAAAACUAGUGGUGAUGUCUGCCACUUUAGAUGCUGGUAAAUUCCAGCAGUAUUUCGACAAUGCUCCCCUCAUGAAUGUACCCGGUAGAACCCAUCCAGUAGAGAUUUUCUAUACCCCUGAACCGGAACGUGAUUAUCUAGAAGCGGCCAUACGUACUGUUAUACAGAUACACAUGUGUGAAGAUAUAGAGGGUGAUAUCCUAAUGUUCCUCACUGGACAAGAGGAAAUCGAAGAGGCUUGUAAACGUAUUAAACGUGAAAUAGAUAAUUUGGGUUCUGAGAUAGGGGAACUCAAGUGUAUACCUUUGUAUUCCACCUUGCCACCUGCUUUGCAGCAGCGUAUUUUCGAACCAGCACCACCACGCAGUGCCAAUGGUGCCAUAGGCCGUAAAGUGGUAGUUUCCACAAAUAUUGCUGAAACUUCUUUGACCAUUGAUGGUGUAGUCUUUGUCAUAGAUCCCGGUUUUGCCAAACAAAAGGUCUACAAUCCUCGUAUACGUGUGGAGAGUUUAUUAGUUUCACCUAUUUCAAAGGCUUCGGCUCAACAGAGAGCUGGUCGUGCCGGUCGUACUCGCCCCGGAAAAUGUUUCCGUUUGUAUACCGAAAAGGCCUAUAAGAACGAAAUGCAAGAUAAUACAUAUCCUGAGAUUUUGAGAUCUAAUUUGGGCACUGUUGUUUUACAACUAAAAAAAUUAGGCAUUGACGAUUUGGUACAUUUUGAUUUCAUGGAUCCACCUGCACCCGAAACUCUUAUGCGUGCCUUGGAACUUUUGAACUAUUUGGCUGCUCUCGACGAUGAUGGUAACCUAACUGAUUUGGGUGCAGUAAUGUCAGAAUUUCCCUUGGAUCCACAAUUGGCCAAAAUGUUAAUAGCCAGUUGUCAACAUAAUUGUUCGAAUGAAAUUUUAUCAAUUACUGCUAUGCUGUCGGUACCACAAUGUUUUGUAAGACCCAAUGAGGCCAAAAAAGCAGCAGAUGAGGCUAAAAUGAGAUUUGCCCAUAUUGAUGGUGAUCAUUUGACUUUACUCAAUGUCUAUCAUGCCUUUAAGCAGAGCAGUGAAGAUCCCAAUUGGUGUUAUGAAAAUUUCAUUAAUUUCCGUUCUUUAAAAUCGGCCGAUAAUGUGCGUCAACAAUUGGCACGCAUUAUGGAUCGUUUUAAUUUGAAACGCAGCAGCACAGAAUUCACUUCCAAGGAUUAUUAUGUCAAUAUACGCAAAGCCUUAGUACAAGGUUUCUUCAUGCAGGUGGCACAUUUAGAGCGCACUGGUCACUAUCUUACCAUUAAGGAUAAUCAAAUAGUACAACUGCAUCCUUCCACAUGUCUGGAUCAUAAACCCGAUUGGGUUAUCUACAAUGAAUUUGUACUCACUACUAAAAAUUAUAUACGUACCGUUACAGAUGUUAAGCCUGAAUGGCUUUUAACUUUGGCUCCUCAAUACUAUGAUAUGAAUAAUUUCCCUCAAUGUGAGGCCAAACGUCAAUUGGAAAUGUUGCAGCAACGACUGGAAUCUAAACAAUAUCAAACCGGCUUUUAAACGCACUUUUAUUUUGCAGUUUUUUUUUAAAUACUUUUAUUAAAUAAUAUUUCUUUUUUAUUAUUAAAUAUUAUUACUUUUAUACGUUUUACGUACAUAUAUAGUUUUUAUUUUUAUUAUAUAAGUUUUUUUGAAUGGAAUAAUUAUAAUAAAACAAUAAUAUAUAGAAAAAAAUGUCUAAUGCCUUUAGACAUUUUAAACCUGCUAUUAUAAAACUUUCCAUUACACUGAAAAAAAAGGAAAAUAACCAACCGAACUAAUUAAAAGUUAAUAUAUAGUUAUACAUGUGUAUUUAAAAAAUAAUAAUUAAAAAA